GAAAUACUAUUGUGAAUUCGAGUACAGCAAUUCUUUGCACAAAUACGGCAACGCCAACGACAAACAGCUGUUUCAAUUCCGGGGUGACUGUCAAAUUAAAUUAGAUUUAAUAAAAAAAGUUGCCUGUUUCUCACUGCACAUUGCACUUCUAUUAUUUUGAAUUAAAUUACGUGGCUUUUAUAACUGAAAAUGGGCAGCAAGUUCUUUAAUAAAUUGCUAUUAAUCGGCGGCUUCGCAAGUCUUGCACAUGCUGCCUUUUCAGCUGCUCAUCAUCGCACUUAUUUGAGGCUCACUGAACAGGAGUGGAGCAGUCUACCAUUGGAUAUUAUACUGCAAACGGUGAUCAGCCUGAUGAUUGUCGUCUACAAUAUUAUCCAGAUUGUGGGCGAUUUUAAGGAGAUCCGGGCCACUGUCGACAUGCAGGCAAAGACCUGGGACACCCUCGGCAACUUCCCAUCGUUCUACACUUUCAAUCAUCGUGGACGCGCCCUCAGUCCCAGCUACAAACCGCAUGACUAUGAUGAUUAGCGCUGUUGUAGUUGCUCCAUAUAGAUUCGAUUCUUUUAUAUAGCCGGUUAGCGUCAAUAGUCUUUUUUUAA